GGAAGCAGAUUGUGGGUAUGAAGGAGAGUUCUAAUCGGUGAACAUGGACGAAUGAAAGGUAUUCUGGUUAGGAGAAAAAGGGGACUUAGUGGGGGAAGAGGAGGAGGAGAGGAGGAGGAGGAAGACGAGGAGGAAGAGGAGGAAGAGGAGGAAGAGGAGGAGGAAGAGGAGGAGGAAGAGGAGGAUAACGGGCAAGCUAUGAUCCAAAGAAAAAGUAUUCUGGUUGGGGGGAAAGAGGACUUAGUGUGGGACGAGAAGAGGAGAAACAGGAGGGGAAGAGGAGGAGGAAGCGGAGGCGGAGAACUAUAAAGAACGGAAGAGGAGGAUAACGGACGAGCUAUGAUCGAAAAAAAAGGUAAUAAAGUAUGGUUCAUAAG